UAGGACGUCUCCAGUAGCUGCACGCAGCCCAACAAGGAAGAGGUAACAAAACAUGAAUAAACAUUAAAGAGGUGUGCCAAACAACGGAAUGACGAAGAUAACGCAAUAUGGAGGAACAACCUAUAAAUGGAGCUCACAAACAAAACAUGGUGCCCGUUAUGUAAGGGCAAAAGGUGGUCGCUACCACAUAGGGUUACAGAGAACUAAACAGCUUCCUGCAAAAAACAAAGGUUAAAGUACACAGUUCUUUCUGCUGACAGCUAGACAUGUGCAGAAGAAAAAUUUUCUUUUUUUUUUCAUUUAGUUUUUUUCGUCUUUUAUAAAAUUUUCGGUUCAGUAAUAUUUUCAGUUUUGAUUUUCAGAUACAUUCGGUAUUUAGGUGUCCAGGUUUCAUUUUUUUUCGGAUACAUUCGGUAUUCGGGUGUCCGGUGGGUUAAUUUUUUCAGAUACAUUCGGUAUUCGGGUGUCCGGGGGCUCAUUUUUUUCGGAUACAUUCGGUAUUCAGGUGUCCAGGUUUGAUUUUUUUCGGAUACAUUCGUAUUCAGGUGGGUUUGAUUUUUCGUAUACAUUCGUAUUCGGUUACAUUCGGGAAAAAUCUUAAGCAGGGGACCAUUAUCGGGAGUGUGUGCAGGAAAAGAGGGCAGCCGCAGAGAUCGGAACAUUGGAAGACAGGAACUUCAAAAAUCAAGCAAGAAAAGCUACAUAUAUAUACUACAGUUUCGGGAAGUGUAAUUCUACAGCAUUUGCAACAAGAAUUUUGUAAUAUUUAGUUUACGGUCCAGUAUUGAACGAUGGUGGUCUUUGGACUCGGGCUGGCCCGCUGAUGCGUUUUCCACUUCUCUGAGAUCUAGUAAACUGGGACAGAAAAAAUGGCAAAUUUCACGACCACCACUACCAGUCUUACAGAUGACUAUGAAGUGGACUUCGAGGAUGCAGGCACAGUAUGCAGUCUGGAAAGUGUUAGAGUGUUUUUGAAAACAUUUGUGCCUCUUACAUUUUCAUUUAUAUUUGUACUUGGACUUGUGGGAAAUAUUCUAGUAGUGAUAACAUUCAGUUGUUACAAAAAAACUAAAAGUAUGACAGAUAUAUAUCUUCUCAAUAUGUCGAUUGCGGACAUUUUAUUGAUUUUCACCCUUCCAUUCUGGGCAGCAUAUUACUAUAAUGAAUGGAUUUUCAAGGACUUUAUGUGCAAAUUGGUAAGAAGCAUUUAUGCAAUAAAUUUCAAUUGCAGCAUGUUGCUGUUGGCAUGUGUGGGUAUUGAUCGAUAUGUGGCUAUUGUUCAGGUAACUAAGUCAUUUAGCUUCAGAACAGUGGCUUUGGCAUAUAAACGUGUACUCUGUAUCUCAUUGUGGAUUAUUUCUGUAAUACUCUCCACAAUCACUUUUAUUUUCAGCGCUUCCUUUCCACAUAAUGGAAAGUUGGUUUGUGAAGCACGUUACCCGGCAAACCAGGAAGCAUUUAGAUGGAAGUUGGCAGUUUUAUCGGUUGAGGUCAGUGUAGGAUUUCUAAUACCUUUACUUGUCAUGAUUUUUUGCUAUGUCUCUAUUGUUAAAACCCUCUUGCAAGCAAAAAAUUCCCAAAGACAUAAAGCAAUAAAUGUAGUUGUCAGUGUGGUCCUCAUAUUUCUGGUGUGCCAACUUCCAUAUAAUGUACUUUUAUUGAGAAGAGCAGCAACAUUGGGAGACCAAAAGCCAACUUGUCAUGAAAGAAUUAAUGAUUCCUAUGCAUUCUUUAUAACAAAGACAUUGGCUUAUUUCCACUGCUGUCUGAAUCCUGUUAUCUAUGCUUUCAUUGGUGUAAAAUUUAGAAAUUAUUUUUUUAAAAUAAUUCAAGAUUUGUGGUGCUUUAAAAAUAUGUUUAAUCCAAGAACACACUGGUCAAGAGCAUCUUCAGACAUGUUCUCCUCAAGGAAAACAAGUGAAGUAUCUGCAAGUGAAGGUGGCUCAUCCUUUACCAUGUAACAUUAAAAAUGCCUUUAGCUUAUAGUCAUAUAUCAUCAUUCUAACAUUAUAAAGAAAUUAGAGGCAAAGAAUCCAUAUAUAUACUGACAAGCUUAUUAUUAGGUAUUGAACAGCAAAUAAAGUAGAAAAUAACAUGUAUUCUCUUACUGAAACGAUUAAUUUUCAUUACUGAAUAAAUAAGUUGAUUUGCACGGUUUGCUGGUAGACUGUGGCACCCCAGCAUGGCCUUUUCAUUUUCAUAAUUUACAAUGAAAACAAAAGGGUUGUCCAAGAAAGUAAAAAUGUUUUAAAUGAUAUUACAGAUCCUUAAAGGGGUUGAAAAAUGUUUCAAUAAACAGCCGAAAUGUCAUAAAAGAACAUAAAAACAUUUGCUUACCUUUGGCAAUCCAGCCAGAAGCUCUAGUGGGUGCCCUGCUUAAACUGCUGACAUCAUGGAAGUAUCAAUCCUACACAGAUUCGCUGAAAGAAAAAUGGGCUUAGCGGGGUACCGUCUCAAAGCUACAAAUUAGCUGCGGACCCCCAUUAAAAAUUAAAGGGAAACAUUUUAUUAUCGGACAAUGUGUUUUGAGAGUCUGCUCUCUUUCGUUAGAUCCAUAAAAAACAUGUUUAAAGGGGUAUUC